CAGUUAAUCUAGUCUACAAACUUAAGUGUCUAACUACUGUACAUUAUACUGCCAUAUACAAAGCCAAAAUAAAACGGUAUCGUCUAGCGCGCAUAAUGGGACAAGCCGUACGCAUGGUGAGAUACCAUUACAAUGGCGAUACCCAAUAUCCAAUCGAUGUGCUGAACUUUGCAAAUACCAAGUUAGUUUGGAAGACCCUGGAUGACGGUGUCAUGGGAGGGCAAAGUAAUACGUGUCUGUCACACACAUCCGAAAGGCAUUUGUGCUUCGAAGGCGUGAUUAACACAUCGGGCGGUGGGUUUGCUUCGGCACGUGCAGUGUUACCCGAACUAUCGGAACAAGCGUUGAACAGCGAUAACGAGAGUACAAAGAUAGACUAUAUAGAUAAACAUAGCAUAAAGAUACGUUGUAAAGGUGAUGGGAAGACAUUUAAACUAAUUAUGUCCGCAGGCAACGCUGGUGGACCUUUCGCCCGCAAUCCAUCGUGGCAGGCUGACAUUACCACAAAUAGGGUCAUUGAGCAUGACGACGAAAAUUCAGUAAACAAACCUACUGCAAUGCUUACUACUUUAGACGGAAGGUCGAUCACGAGAGACGGAGAUAUUACCGAUGAGAAUAUUGGCGAUAAAGUUGUAGAUACUAAUACCGAUGAAGACGAUUGGGAUGAACAAAUGAUCCCAUUUACUGCAUUUAUGCCCACAUGGGGGGGGAAGCCAAGUAGUAGACCACCUGCAGAAGAAAAGACGAAGCACACAUUUGAUAUUAUGCAAAUGAGGGAGAUUGGCAUUAUGUUGUCGUUGAAGUUAUCGGAUGGAAGCCCCAACCCGAAAGAAACUUUUGGGGAAGGGGUGUUUCCUUUUUCACACAUGUUCAGUCGCUUUCACUAGUGUGAAUUGUUAUUAUGCGAUAUUGUAAGUUAGGAAAAUAUAUAAUCAGUUGAGCAUUUUUACACAGUAUAAAAAUGAAGGAGCAUGUAUACGCUUAUUUAGUUCGCUAAUCAGUGCUGCAUCGCAACAUACGAGAGAAAAACCCCCCAAGUAUAUUUAAAACAAUUGCAGAAUGUAACGAGACAUAUCUUUUAACACUGUGUCUGCUGACGGAUGAGCAAUGUUUUUAUACACCUUGCCACUUUAAUAGCAACCAAUACCUGAUAUUAAAUCCAUAUGAAACCAACUGUGAUUAUCGGUCACAAAAUAUAUUAGACACAAAAAUCGUAUAAGCUCAAACAAUUGUACAAGGUUGAGG